AAGCUUUUCGAAGCUCGGGAACAAUCGCUGGUGGGUUAAACUGACGCAAACAGGUAGCUAGUGUCCCAAUCUGAGUUUAGAUGCUCUCGGAAGGAGAAGUAGAUGGUAAUAGUGGACGUGUGUUCCCACCGUGCUUCGCAUGUGACCGAGCGGACAGGGGAGGGGUGGUGAGUCUCGUGGAGAGUACCGUGGGACGCAGAGUCCUAGUACAGGCCGGGCAGCAGCAGUAUCAGCGGUGGCCACACCAGGAAAAACAGUCGGUACGUUUAACUAGGCACCUCGACCGGAGGCAACCCUGUUUCCCCCUUGCUUCCUAGACAGCGUCGCCGGAGCAGCACCAGCACAAAAAUUUAUCCUCUGAUAUGCUGAUGUGAUUGCUGUGAGAGCUUGUGGAGUCAAGGAUAAUGUCAGUACAACAGGAAAAGAAGAUGAGCACCAAAAGGAAGGCAGAGAGCCACUCAAGGGCAGAAAACAGACCUUCCAUCAUGAAGUCUGGAGGCUCCCGAGCCGAUUCUGAGAGAGACUCUGGAUUCUCAGAUGCAAGCUCAGAGCACCAGAGCACAAUGGACACCACAGACAGUGAGCAGUCACCUCGUCCUGCAGGGGCACCACAGACUUCUGGCUCAGGGCAGCAGCCCUCUCAGUUGGCUGUGGUAGGAGGCUCCUACUCCAACCUCUCUCCAAUGAUCAUCAUGAACAAUGUUCUCCUUAAGCAGCCUGGAGAUAGUCCUCCUGCUCUGAAGCGCUGGGGCUACAGUCCCACAGUGGAAGUGGUCCGACCUGUGGUCCAGCAGCCUCAGGUUGUUUUCCUCCAGCCAGUUGUCUCUCGUCAGGCUUCACCUGCCUCCAAAGAGACAUCUUCUAGACAAAGACGUCCAAAGAAGUAUCUUCCAAUCCUGAAAUCCUACCCCAAGAUUGCUCCUCAUCCUGGAGACAGCUCCAGUUCCUCAGGGAGAGGAACUGCAUCUUCGUCUUCUUCCACUUCCUCCUCUUCCUCCUCCUCCUCUUACUCCUCCUCUUACGCCUCCUCUUCUUCAGGGUCAGAGAGGGGUAGCAGUUUGACCUCCCACCAAAGAGAGAAGCAGAAGAGAAGUCUGUGUGGUGGUACUGUGAAGUCUGGCUCGACCACUCCCAUUCUGCCUCUUACCCCCAGCACAGCAUCUCCUCUGCUCCAGAGCCGACUUUCUCUGCCCACAACAGAAACCAGCUCCAGCAGUAUUGCUGCCAAGGAGAGGCCUUCAUCAGCUGUCAGCCAGUCAGAGUCGACCCCCUCCCUGUCUUGUACUCACACCACUAACUCCAAAAACCUGCCACUCCCUGUCCCUCAGGCAGUCACCCUACAGGACAGCUCACCAGAAGAGUUUAACCACAGCGACAGUGAUCCUGAUUCGAAGAGGAAGCGAUUCUGCAACACUUACAACAUCCUGAAUAAAUCUGGCUUACUAGACAUCACACUCCGCACCAAGGAGCUCCUCAGGCAGAACCGACGCACCCAAACUGACCUAGACCGACUAAAAGAACAAACAGACCUCUUCCUCCAGGCUCUGCACAGUGGUGACACCAGCAUUUUUGUUAAACUGCAGGCCAGACUUCAGGAGGAAGACUUGGAAAAAGAAAAGGAGAAAGCUGCUCAGACCAUCAUGCUUUCUGAUGAGCUUGACUCCAAACCAGAGCUGCUGGUGCAGUUUGUGCAGAAUGCAUCCAUCCCUCUGGUCCAGGGUCUGGAGGACUCAGAGUCCAAACACUCCUGUCUGCCUCUGCUGGCCACAGCUGACAGCUCCCUGUGCAGCCAGCUGGAGCUCACAGAUGGAGGCCUGAGCCAUGAGCCUGAGACUUCUCCCUCCCUGUCGGAGUUUGGGGGGGUGUCAGAGCGAAACCCUUUAGUGGUGCAGGCACACGCUCACCCACGGGCCUCACCCAGCCCCCCACCCAUCCUCCAUGACCUGCAACAGUCAGACAGCACUUCGUAUGUCCUGCUGAACCUGGCAAAAGGCAUCACAGCCUCCUCAGAGUCCCUGAUCUUCGCCGCAGAUGGCGCCGGGGAGGAUGACGAUGAGGGGGUUUCAUCGGGGGACUAUGGGAUUGAUGGCAGUGCUCCCUGGUAUCUGCGGGUGCAGGAGCUGGCACAUGACAGCCUGAUUGCCGCCACACGGGCACAGCUCGCUAGAGAUGCCAAGGCCAGCCUGGACGCUAGAACUGCAUGCGUCACUAACGGUGACCACACACACAGCUUGCCAUCAGACGGGGACAAGCGGGAGCUGCCGUUGCGGACCGGCCGCCCUGUUUCCAAGCAGAUCCUCCGCUGCUCGUUUGAGGGUUGCUGCAGGACGUUCACCUGGCCGGCUCAUCUCAAGUACCACCUAAAAACUCACAGGAAUGACCGAAUGUUCAGGUGCGGCGCCGAAGGCUGCGGGAAGAGUUUCUACGUGCUGCAGAGGCUGCAGGUUCACAUGAGAACUCACAACGGCGAGAAGCCCUUCAUCUGCAAGGAGAAAAACUGUGGCAAGAAGUUCACCACAGCCGGAAACUUAAAGAACCACAGGCGCAUACACACAGGAGAGAAGCCUUUUCUUUGUGAAGCAGAUGGUUGUGGGCGAUCUUUCGCAGAGUAUUCCAGUCUACGGAAACAUAUGCUCGUACAUUCUGGUGAGAAGCCUCAUCACUGCGGGAUCUGUGGGAAGACUUUCUCUCAGUCCGGCAGCAGAAACGUCCACAUGAGGAAGAGACACGGCGAGGAGGGGCUCAGCAGUGAAAGCAGAGAAACCGGUGAGGCCUUAACACAAAGCAGCCUGCUGGAGGCAGACGGUGAGAACGGAGACAGUAUGGUCACCAUGACAACAACCGUUGAACCCAUGAAUCUUCAUCACGCUAUGCUGAGAUCACCAGGCUCUGCAGACUCUGUGCUGGUUCUCUCUCAGCCACACGAGCUGGUGACCAUGACGACUGAAGGACACACAUACGGAGAUGAUGUGGUGGCGCUACUGUAGUCUGUUGUCAUGAAGUCUGUCACACACUGCCAAUUUU